GCCACCAGCCGUCCGUGACGCUCUCUACAUGUGCACGUUUCGAGUAGUUUACGAUUAUUUGUAUGCAUCAGCGUCUCGAUCCUCAAACCCGCCGGAGCGAGUGUUUUAACAUAACUGAAGGAGGGACUUCAGUGUGUUUUAUGAUUCUCGCUGCUGAAAUCAAACUGCUGCUGCGUGAUCCAUCUACGCGGGGAGAUAGAGCGAGAGACACGCUGUAUUGUGUCAUUUGGAGAAAAACCAGAGGCUCUGUGCCAGGAAAAGGUAUCCAGGAUCAGUUGAUGGAGCCACUUCCUAGAGCGGUGUUUAAAGUCUCCAUUGAAGACCACCACCCUGAGGAAACACAAUUUGUCAUUCAUUCUGUAGUCUUGUAUAACCACGAGACGAUGUCUACGACUGUUGAGGUGUCUGAUCAAAGCGUUCACUGACCCAAGACGCAGGUGAAGAGACGGGUAUUCAUGACGACCAUCUGAAAAACAGGAAGGAGAUGGGACCAGCGAUUCAUACCGGCAUACUUUACACAUUGGUGUGUGGAGGAUAUCUGCAUAGAGAAUAAACCGUUGAUUUUGUUGUACAACCCCUCAAUCUUCCCCUCUUGUGUUCUGCCAUUCAACCAUGGGGCACGCUCUGGAUUUGCCUUUACCUGGAGCAGCUGUACGCUUCCAAGGGAUGUGGCUCUUUGGUUUGCUGCUGGUCUUGUCCGUGUUUAACACCAGCCUUGGCAUCCAGAUGGACUCGGUGAGCAGCCACAGUACGUUCACCUGUGAGUCGAUAGGCCUACGAAUGUGCCAGGAUCUGUCCUACAAUACCACCUUCAUGCCCAACCUUCUCAACCAUUAUGACCAGCAGACCGCCGCUCUGGCCAUGGAGCCCUUCCACCCCAUGGUGAACCUGCAGUGCUCUGCAGACCUCAGGCCCUUCCUGUGUGCCCUGUAUGCUCCUGUAUGUAUGGAAUACGGCCGUGUGACACUGCCCUGCCGGAGCCUCUGUACCCAUGCCAAAAGAGACUGUCAGAAGCUUAUGGAUAUGUUUGGAGUCACCUGGCCGGAGGAGAUGGAGUGCAGCAAGUUCCCAGACUGCGAUGAGUCGUACCCUCGCGCUGAAGAUCUGCUCAUGAACGAAGACCCCACCGACCAGUCACCCAUGUCAGUGCAGCGCGACUACGGUUUCUGGUGCCCCCGUGAGCUCAAAGUCGAACCCGAGCUCGGCUACACCUUCCUGGGCGUGCGCGACUGCUCCGCUCCCUGCCCCAACAUGUACUUCCGCCGCGAGGAGCUCACCUUCGCCCGCUACUUCAUUGGCAUCGUUUCCAUCGUUUGCCUCUCCGCCACACUCUUCACCUUUCUCACCUUCCUCAUCAACGUCACCCGCUUCCGCUACCCAGAGCGGCCCAUCAUCUUCUACGCCGUCUGCUACAUGAUGGUGUCGCUUGUCUUCUUCCUAGGUUUCCUGCUGGAAGACCGUGUGGCUUGUAAUGCAGAGAACACCUCUCAGUUCAAAACUUCGACGGUGACUCAAGGCUCUCAUAACAAGGCCUGUACAUUGCUUUUUAUGGUCCUCUACUUCUUCACCAUGGCAGGUAGCGUCUGGUGGGUCAUUCUUACCAUCACCUGGUUUCUGGCUGCAGUGCCCAAAUGGGGCAGUGAAGCUAUUGAGAAGAAGGCGCUACUCUUCCAUGCCAGCGCAUGGGGAAUACCUGGCAUGCUUACCGUAACCCUGCUGGCUCUGAAUAAAAUCGAGGGUGAUAACAUCAGCGGUGUGUGUUUCGUGGGACUCUACGAUGUUCACACUCUUCGCUGGUUCGUGUUGGCACCGCUGUGUUUGGAUGUUCUGGUCGGUGUGUCGCUGCUUCUCGCAGGGAUUGUGGCCCUCAACAGAGUCCGAAUGGAGAUUCCGUUGGAGAAGGAGAAUCAAGAAAAGCUGGUGAAAUUUAUGAUCCGGAUCGGAGUGUUCUCAGUGCUGUACCUGGUUCCGCUGCUCACCGUUGUGGGGUGUUACCUGUAUGAACAGAACUACCGCUCAAUCUGGGAAACUACCUGGGUACAGGAGCGCUGUAGAGAGUACCACAUCCCCUGCCCUUUCAAGGUGGAGCAAACCAGUCGGCCUGACCUGGUCCUCUUUCUGAUGAAGUAUCUCAUGGUGCUUGUGGUUGGGAUCCCAUCUGUGUUCUGGGUGGGCAGUAAGAAGACCUGUUUCGAGUGGGCCAGCUUCUUCCACGGUCGCAGGCGUAAAGACAGUGGUGCAGUGAAUGAAAGCCGUCAGGUACUUCAAGAGCCAGACUUCGCUCAGUCUCUGCUGCGUGACCCCAACACACCUAUCAUCCGGAAGUCUCGUGGUACCUCCACCCAGGGUACGUCUACCCACGCCUCAUCCACACACCUGGCCAUGCUGGAUGACGUGCGCAGUAAAGCCAGCAGCGUCCACAGCAAAAUGAGCAGCUAUCAUGGCAGCCUGCACCGCUCGAAAGACGGCAGGUGCACACCCUCUAGUCACAGAGGCUUGGAAGAACAUCCUGCUUACGGGAGCAUGCCACGACUCAAUGAGCAGCUGUCCCGUCACGGAAGCCUUCAUCGACUCGACAGCCAAUCACGACACAGCAGUGUGCGGGACUUGAGCAAUGCCCUGCCCACUAACAUCACACAUGGAUCCAGUAUGAACCGUGUGGUGGAGGAGGACGGUGCCAGUGCGUAAAUAUGAGAGAUGCAAGGAACUCUAUCUUGGUCACUGUCCUGUGUGACUGAGGCUAAUCUGUUGGCAUGGGAGAGUCCCUGCCUUGGAGGCCCAAGAAGGCAUUGAACAGAAGAUUUUUCAAAUCCUCACACGACAGAGGGGCGGUUUGGCAGCAGCAGAGAAACCAGAGACUUGAUGCAUGUGUGUUGACAGAGCUCUCUUCAGGAUUUGGCCCGUUAGCGGUGCACCUAACACCUGAGUAACACGAUAUGUUUUCUUUGAUACUGUGAAUUCAGACUGACUGGUGGUGGGUAAAGUUUACUUCAUGUAAAGUGAUACAGUAGCACUGCUUGGCCUCUGCUCCUGUGGUAGCUGUGUCAGAACAGUGUCUUGGAGAAGAGGAGGAUUAAACAGGAAUGGCCACAGCUGUUCGUAAUGUCUUACUCGCCGAUCAUAGACCUGUCCCAUUACAUCCAUCGUACAAUUUAGCAGAACCCUGUUUAACCUGUUACGGAUCGUUGUAUCUUGAAGACUGAUGUGUUUUUCCAUGUCAAAUCAACCAAAUUUCAAAAACUUCCCCUGCUGAAAUUUUUUAUUUUGUUAGUACUUUUCCUGAAGAAAGAUAAAGAUAAAUGAUAACAAUGAAAUCCAAAAUAUUAAAUGUUAUGGAUCAAUACUUGCGGAGUAAUCCAUUGUUUUGUAGAAGGGUGUCAAAAUGUUAAUUUCCACCUAUAAUUUUGGAGCAAACCUGAAGGUGAAAAACGGUGUCCACAAAUGUAAAAAUCAGAAAUAAAGAUAUCUUUAGAUUCUAGUAAAGAAAAAAGCUUUUUUUAGCAUCUACAUAUUUUAGACUCUAUAUGGUUAAAUCCCUGAGAUAUGAGGCUCUCAAUGUGGCUCCAUGCGUAAAUUGCAAACUAUUAUACAUUUUUAAUGGUUGAAAACCAAAUGUGGGUCACAUGGUCUCAAGCUAGCUUUUCUCAUCCAACAAAACAAAGGUAUGCAGUAAAACUAGAAAUGUACCUUUACUUAUUCAUAUAAAAACAAUGUCAAAAUUUCAAUUUUCUAGAGUCCAAAAAUACACUAUUAUCAAGAAUAAACGACACACGUGGCUCUUCAGAUUUUUGGAUUUUAGAUCUGUAUAUCUGCAAAAUUCUGGAAUGCACCAUUAGGGGUUCCAACACUAAAGGUGCUGAAGCUGUAUACUAUUUGUACUAAUUUCUUUCUAUUUUUGGUUGAGUUGACACGGAAUGACCCUGAUUUACAACCCUAAAAUUCUUAGCGGUUACAUGACUCUCGCCGUGUCUUAAAUGUUUCGUCAAAAACCAUAGACUUUGGGCAAAUGUUGAACAAUCAGACAUACUUUGGAGUGGUUCCAUAGAGGAAUGGCUCUCAGAAAUGAUGUUUCUGAAUCCUCACCAACACCUGAUGUGCUUUAAGACUUUGGAUGGCUGCCUAACUCAUCAGAUCAGAACCCUCAUGCCUGCAUUUCCUCACCUUGCCUAAACACACACUUAAGAACAUUGAUAUAGAUUAGCUACCAUAUGUACAGGAGUCUUGCUCAAAAAGCUUUCUAAAUGGUGCUUUGUCUGUUGCUGCUCCACAAUUAUUUCUGUUAGUUCAUGAAAAUGCAUAAAACUUGCUUCAACAAUAUGGGCCUCAUUCAUGAAACAUGUGCAGAACGAAUGUGUGUAAAUCGGGGGUGGAAGGAAAAUAAUAUAGAUAACUUAAAAUAUUUCAACAUUUUAUCUUGCUUUACUGUAUUGAUUUUUUUCAUGCCAAGAAUCUGUAUUUUUAAGUAUAUUAUCCACAUAGAUAUUUAUCAUAAUAAAGAGAUUGAUUACCAUUGCACACAAUAAUGUCUAUUUGACCAAAAUCCAGCAAAAAAUAUAACCGUAAAGUAGCGAAGUCCAAUUCAGAUGAAAGAGGACAAAAUUUCGUGAAAACGUUCGCAUUAUAACGCAACAAUCUGGUUCCUUAACCCUUGUGCAUCAAUUAAAAACAGGUACACAUAGGUUCAUUAUGGACAAAAAUGGCCAUGUCCAAAAACUGUCAUAAAAAUAUUAUAUAUUUAUAUUUUUUUCCACUUUCACUGACAUAAUUUUUUUAACCAGCAUCAGCUCUAAUCAUAAUGACCAAACAUUCAUUCAUUUUUAGAAUUUUAACCCUUUAAACGCUGGUUUGUUUACAUAAUGCCACUGUUGUUUUUUUAGGAAAAAAUGAAAAAUAGUAAUUAUUUUCAAUUUAAUAGAUGCUAAGCAGAAUUUUUUUUCUUUGAUUAUUAGAGCCUCGGAUAUGUCAAUGAUUAACAACAACAUUCAUUUUGAUGCUUUCAUAUUUUUUAUGCAGUAUCAGAUUUAAAAAAAAGCUACCACUUAGGUCCAUAAUGGACAAAAAUGGCCAUGUCAAAAAAGUGUCAUAAAAAUAUUAUAGAAUAAUAUUUUUUUCUACUUUCACUGACUUAUAUUUUAACCAGCAUCAGUUCUAAUCAUAAUUACCAAACAUUCAUUUAUUUUCAGAAUUUUAACACUUUAAACGCCGGUUUGUUUACAUAAUGCCACUGUUGUUUUUUAUAAAAAAUAUAAUAAUUAUAAUUAUUUUCAAUUUAAUAAAUGCUAAACAGAAUUUUUUUUAUUUUUAUUAUUAGAGCCUCAGACACAUACAAACCACACUCUGAAAUCCAUACCAACACACUCACACAAUUAUAUAUUCAUAAUGUAUCUAAUUGGCUCUAUAAUAUGCAUAAGCCAAAAACAGCAGAAAACAGCAGAAAGCGAUGAUAUGCCAAACCUGAAAAAAUGGCACGAUCUGGUAAAAAAUAUUUAAAAUGUAAAUUUUGAAGCCUUGCCAACAUAAUGAAAGCAUGUUAAACAAGAUUGCAUAAUUUUAUAGUUAAAUGGCACUGGGAUUAAAAAUCGCAGUUUUAAUGGGUUUCAAUGUGCCAUUUUUGUCCAAAACGACGCUAAGAGGGAGUAUUUUGUGUAACUAGUGCAAAAAAUAUUUUUUUAAAGAAAAUAGGGUGAAAUAUUAAAAUUCCAAUAAAAAUUCACACCUGUGGAAAAUUUUAUGCAGUUAGCAUUAACACAGACAAAGUUAUCAAAAAAACAAAACUGAAAAAGCCAAAAAUGUCCACAAGGAUGCACAAGGGUUAAGUAAAAAUCAUAUUAAUUGUUCCCAGGGGUGGACUGCCCCCUUUCGGCAUAUCGCACUGGCUCAUUUCAGCUUAUCGCGGCCCAUUCGACCCAUUUCACUGCUGGCCUGCCCAGUUCUCCCGAUGGCCAGUCAGCCACCUGAUCGGCCCCAAAGUGCGUCAGCCCACCGGGAAAAUUUCCGGUAUGCCAGAUUACCAAUCCAGCCCUGAUUGUUUUCCAUAGGAGAACUGAUUUUUAAUAAUAAUUUAUAAAAAUGUACAAACAGACCUACUGUGAUUUACAAGUUGUUAAUCAAUUGUACAUGCUUCUGUUGAAGCCAUCAAUCCACAUUAUUUCAAGUAAAUAAAAAAAAUAUUUUUAGUUAAGUUACUACACUACCCACGAUCCUAAAUUCCUCAUUUAAAAAAAAUGGCUUUUUGUCAGAUAUUCAAAUACUCUUUCAUGAGGGAUUUUACGAAAUCCCUAUGGGAAAAAUACUUCCGUAAACGAGAUGGAUGAAAACGUGGGCGGGCACUAAAAAUUUUGCUAAGAAUAGUUUUACAAACUACUUAUCAGAUAUUCGUUCUGCUUGCGUUUAAUAAAUGAGGUCCUUCACAUUUAUCAGAAAUACGUAUAUGUAACAGAAGACGCGUUUUCAAAUGUUUUGAUACAAAUAGGUGGUGGCAUCGCUACACAUUUAAUGUUAAACCGUAGUAAAGCCUGAACGUGGAAGAGCAACUUAUGUACAAGCUUUAAACGUUAAGUCCUGAGUGUUUUUGUUUACUUGUUGGAAAAUAUUUUUGUGGUACAUAGUGCCUGAAUAUGUGACUUGGACCUGAACUUUGUUAAGCUUUUUUUUAUGCUAUUUCUGCUUUGCUGUACCUUUGCCUUUGGUAUCACAAGUACAAUGGAUAAUGCUGAAUUCCUCUGUCCACUUUGUACAGAUUGCAGAAUUUCGAGGAACAAUACAGCACUUUAACCAUGGCUAUCUGUUGAAUGUUGAAUCUGUAAAGACAUUAAAUCCAGUUAUAGCAUUAUGCAAGAAUUCAAAUAAAGCUUUUGUAUAAAACAAAUUCUUCGAAUUUUCAGAAAAGCUCCCCAUUUUAUUGAUAUACAUCAGUCAGGUAAUGCACUCUGUGUGAGAGAAGUGGUGUCCAAAACAUUACAAAUAAACUCCACAGUAUUUCACCUUAAAUAUGUCUGUGCGACAAAAAAUAACAAUUGUCUAAAUUGUAGUAUGGGGUAAUUCCUUUUUUUACAUUCCAACCACUCACGCCACACAGCUCAAUAAAAUACAAUAAAAACAACUGAAAAAUAUAAAAUAAAUCCAGCCUUAAAAUCUUCAAAAUGAGUGAUUACACCAAUGACAUGCAAAUCUGUACAUAGUCUAACAAAUAACAAAAUCAAGUGACACAGAACGAUAUAAAAGAGCAAUUCACCAACAAGGCAAACAAAAUCCUCACGUGAAAUGCAAGCGUGUAUCUGUGUCUUU